GAUAUUAAAUAGAGGCGGCAGCAACCAAUUCACCUCAGUCAAUGUUGAGAAAUUCAGCGAAAUUGUCCUAAAAAAAAACAAAUAUUUUCAAAUUGAAAUAAAAGUCGCCAAAGAAAGAAAUAUCCUUGAAAAAGAGUGAUCUCUUAAGUGAUCCUGUGAUAAGAAGUUAUCUAAACUCUUGCAAAAAUGGAUGACAGAACCAUUGAUCACAUUUUUGCCGGUUCCUUGGAACAUCUGCCGCCAGUUAGUUCAAAAAUUGUGCGCAUUUUCACAAGUUCGACCUUCACGGACACCACCAUGGAGAGGAAUACUUUAAUGGCAAAAUGCUAUCCUCGCAUUAAGGACUACUGCAGAGAGAAGCACGGAUUGGAGUUUCAGGUCGUGGACAUGAGAUGGGGCGUUCGUGAUGAAGCUACAGAUGAUCACAUGACAACAGAACUCUGUAUGAGAGAAAUCCAGAAUUGCCAGAGAUUGUCCAUGGGUCCCAAUUUUGUGGUGUUCUUGGGACAAAAAUAUGGAUACCGUCCAAUUCCCACAUUAAUCCUUUCGUCUGAACUUCUUCUGAUUCGGGAGGAAUUGGCAUCCAUGGGAAUUGAUGUCAUUCUCUUGGAUACAUGGUACAAAAAAGACAGCAAUGCUGUUCCUCCAAUCUCUGUCCUCCAGCCAAUUUCAUCGAUUCUCAUCAAUUUCAACAAUAAGAGAGUGCCCAAGUUGCAGGCUGAGGAUCAAGCCAUUUGGUGGGAUACUCUGACAAAGAUGCAGAAACUCUUCCGUAAGGCUACAGCAUCUCUCCAUGCGGCUGGGAAAUUGGACAAGGAUCAGAUGCAUAACUACUUCAUGUCGGUCACUGAGCGAGAGGUUAUCAAUGGGAUUCUCAAUGUGAAGAACACAAAGAAUCACUGUUUGGCCUAUGUGCGCUACAUCAAUAAUAUAAAUCUGCAAAAUUUGAAGAAGGCAGGACUUUUUGUGGACAUCAUCAAUCGCAGUCUCGACACUGAGGCUUGCAAGUUGCUGGCAAAUUUGCGAGAUGAGAGACUACCUAAUAAAAUUGAGACUACCAACAUUCAGAAGUACACGGUGGAAUGGAUUGGACGAGAAGGUCUGGAUCCGGAAACCCAUGAGGAAUAUUUAAAUCACUUCAUCUCCCACUUCUACAAGAACAUUAUCAAAUUGGUGGAUCGGGCCAUGCGCAAGGAGGACUCAAGUGCUCAAGGGCAGAUCGUGACGGAAAUCCUGCAGCACCUGCAUGCGUGCAAUAACGCCGACAAGGUGUUCUAUGGGCGUGAGGAUGAGUUGGCCCACAUCAAGGCGUACAUGCUGGGUGAUUCGGAAAAGCCCUUGGUGCUGUAUGGAGAGGGUGGCUGUGGAAAGACCUCGUUGCUGGCCAAGAGCGCUUCGCUCUUUAUGAAAGAGUGGUUCAAGGAUGCCAAGCCAAUUAGUAUUAUUCGCUUUUUAGGCACAACACCAGACUCUAGUGCUCUCACGCCCACACUCAUCUCCAUUUGCCAGCAGAUAUCCUACAACUACAUGCUUCCCUUUGAGAGUAUCCCUGAUGAUUUGGUGCCACUCACGGCACAUUUCAAGCAACUUUUGACCUAUGCCAGUCCUUCUCAACCCCUAACGCUCUUCUUGGACUCCGUUGAUCAGCUCACAGGUGCUCAGGAUGCAAAUAAAGUCUCCUGGCUUCCCACACGAAUUCCUCCCAAUUGCAAGAUUAUCGUAUCAUGCGCCAAUGAGGAGUCCAAUCCAACAGUAUCUCGGGAGUACCAUUUGCUACGACGAAUGAUCGAUGUGGAGGACAAUUUUGUGGAAGUUCGUGCUCUCGGUGAGGAAUUGGCUAUGAAUGUCAUCCGGAUGUGGAUGAAAACAGCCUGCCGAGAUCUCAAUAAUUACCAGUGGCGUCUUGUGGCAAAUGCCAUUGCCAAGUGUUCCCUCCCCAUCUUCGUUAAGCUAGUCUUUGCAGAGAUCUGUCGCUGGCGCAGCUACACUCGCCCCCAAGACACACAUUUAGCGUCCACAGUCAUGGACAGCAUCAUGAUGCUCUUUGAGCGAAUCGAAAAGCAACAUGGACGUAUUCUUGUCUUCCAUGCUCUGGCCUAUAUUACAGCCUCUAAAUCUGGGUUGUCUGAGAGUGAAGUAGAAGAUCUCAUUUCCCUGGAUGAUCGUGUGCUGGAUGAUGUCUUCCAGUAUCAUUUGCCACCUGUGAGGAGGAUUCCUCCACUCCUCUGGACAAGAAUCCGCAAUGAUUUACCCAACUAUCUCAGCGAGAGAGAAGCUGAUGGGGUCAGUGUAAUGAACUGGUACCAUCGUCAAUUCCGGGACACAGCUCGUGAGAGGUACUUCAAGAACAUGAAUAUGGCAAUGUACUUUCACUCUUCAAUUGCUGACUACUAUUUGGGUAUCUGGGGCGGUGGAAAUCCCAAGCCCUUUAAAUUCACCGAAAUUCAGCGGCAUCGAUUUGGUCUUACGGAGAAGGAAGGUUCUGCCGACCGGAAGGUCCCAGUCCAGCCGCUUGUCUUCUACAACAAAGACGGAAAAGUAUCACGAUACAAUCUUCGUAAAUUUGGUGAAUUGCCCUUCCAUCUGGUGCGAUCACGACGCUUUACGGACCUCUAUGAAAAUGUCCUUUUCAAUUAUGACUGGCUUCAUGCUAAGUUAUCUUCGUGUCCUCUUCAAGCAGUUUUGGCUGAUUUUGAGGAUGCUUCAACAAAUAUCGAUGACAAGGAUGCCCGGCGUGAAUUAAUGCUGGUGGCUGAUGCUCUUCGACUCGGUGGAGCUAUUCUUGCUGUGUAUCCCAAUAUGCUGGCUCCUCAGCUUACAGGGCGACUUCUACCAGAAAUUGGUGGGAAUCCCAACAUCAAGAUGCUGUUGCAGGCAUGUGACAAAAGUGGUCCUAAGGAUUGUUCAUUAAUUCCCCUCAAUCACUGUUUGCACACCCCUGGAGGUCCAUUGAAGUAUUCCCUGGAAGGGCAUCAAUUUGCAGUAUUUGCCUUUGUCCUUACCAGCGAUUAUCGCUACAUGGUCUCCAUAUCUACACGCUUCAUCACCUGGGAUCUCUCCACAUCUGAUCUCACCAGGGAUGUCAAUCCUGGAAUUGAGGGCAUUAUGCAGCAAUUGGUUCUGUCUCCGGACAACAAAUGGGCAGGUGCCUAUACUAACAAUAAUCAAACAGUCCUCCUCAAUAUGCUAUCCAGUGAAUUUGUUAUCAUCGAUAAUCCCUUUGAGGCUACGGAACAAGUCACUGGAGUCUUUUUGUUGAAUCAGAAUCUCUUCAUCCACACGAAGCUCAAAUGGGCCCGCUUUGACAUGCGUGGUAAUUUGCAGGAGAAGUUUGAUGCUCCGAAUGUCACGGAGGAAUGGGAAAUUCUUCUGAUGGAGUUCUACUCAACGACUGAGUAUCACGUGGUGUACUGGACAGGGCAGAUUAGCAAUGAGAAGCUGCGAUUUGACACUUUUCGUGAGGGUCAAACAAUUCCCGCCAUAAACUUCCACAGUGCAAUGGCCAUGAAUCGUCCACGCACCGUUCUGUUUUGUUGCAGUCACGACAAUGACUAUCAGGUUACGGAAUAUCAUCUGGACACUGACCAGUGGCGAGAAGUGAAAGCUCUACCACGCUAUGAGAACGAUGAGAAGGAAAUGCUGCUGCAGUUGAAACUUGAUCAGCACGAUCGUAUGCUUUUGGGUACUGCAGGAAAAGGGUUUGUCAUUUGGGAUCUCGAUCAGGACAAUCCCAUCUCUACAGAUGUUCUCUACCUGGCUCUUCCACAUGGAGUACGCAACAUCACCACAAGAAUGAUGCAGUCAAAUUCCGUGAUGGUCAGCAGUCAGCUAAACUACGCUGUUGCUGGAGUUCGGAAGAAUUUGUAUGUGUGGUGCCUGCAAUCUAAGCAGCUCAUGAAGAUCCUCGAUGCUCAUUUUGGACGCAUUAUUCAACUGGAAGCCCUCACCAUCGGUAACUGGAACAGCGUGAUCACGUCCAGCAUCGAUCGUAGCGUCAAAGUAUGGAACAUCAACAAUAUCUUUGAGCAAGUUCACGUGAUUGAUCGCCAUGAACUCCAGAUUGACAGCAUCAGUCUAUCCCAGGAAACCGACUUUGCCGUAACAGUUACUCGUGGCUGUGUAGGAGUAUGGGAAAUUCGUCAAGGAAGGCUUUUGUCGAAACUGGCUGACUCUCCAUUGGGAGCGAUUGUGACUCAUGCAGAAAUCACUCCCGAUGGUCGAUAUAUCCUGUCCUCGGAGACUGGGAAGAUCCUAAUUUGGAAUCGCGUCUCCGAACAGGUUCUCUUCCGUGACGAUCAGCCAGGUAUUCAACAAAUCACCUUCCUGGAGGGUGGUGAAAAAUUCCUCACAGUUUCCUGCCCAAACAUCAACAGCACUGAGGAUCAGAAUAAACUCACAGCCAUUGCUACAGUAAGAACCAUUCCUGAUGGGCAGAUUCAGUUCACAUUUGACUUUCCCGUGCGCAUGGUGCCCGGAAUACCCUUCAGAUGUGCCGUGAUUACAGCAGAUGGUGCUCAUAUUGUGGUCAGCACAACUGACAAGGGUAAUAAGGAUUGCAUUGGAGUGUACAGUGCCACAAAUGGCUCUCAUAUUCAGAAGAUCACUCUCAAAGGGUGCAACAUCAAGGAGAUUAUUUCUCUCGUGCCCUUACCACACAAACCCAACCAAGUGGCUGUGAUCUCCACAGAGAAAGGCAGUGUGAUCGACAUCAAGUCGAAGCGUCAUGUACGAUCAGUACCAAAGUGGCAGGGCAGCUGCACCAAGGAUGGAAAGUUUGGGCUGUAUGCUCCAUCUCGUGGUGGACUGGAACUUUUGGAGCUGCGCAAAGGAACAACAGUUAAAACCUUCAUCCCCAAGGUGGCUGAAGGUGUCUUCACAGUCAUCUGUAUGUUCACAGACACCGAUGAAUACGUCCUGUACUAUCACAGCGGGAAGAAGACUCUGCGUGUCUUUCGAGCAUCAGAUACCGAGAUGAUCGCUAAUUAUCGUCUUCAGGCUGAAUUAACAGCCAUCCGAAGUACAAAGGAUGGCCGUGGAGUUGUCCUGGGUACAGUUGACGGAUGUUUGUCUGUCCUCGCGAUCGCAGAUCCUACUCUUCCGGAGAUGCUUGAGUAUCUCCAGAAUCUUCCAUCUCGCGAUGAGCAGUGGAAGAAGAAACUUGCUCGUAUCAAGGCGCGUACGAGAUUCAAAGCAGCCAUCCGAAUUGCCCGAAUCUCCACGCGAUUCGCCAAACAUACAACUGGUGAUCGCGAGAGUAUUCUCGGGGAUAUUGAUACUAUAUCUGAAUUCAAUGAUGAUUAAGCCCAUUCCCUCAAAUUAAAUCUGCUCCAGGCAUCAAAAUGCAUUUGGAUGGCAUCUGUAGUAAAUAGAUGUGAUAGAAGAACUCUCGUUUCAUCGGCGCUCUAUGAAUCAAAAAGACAAUAAUGGCACAGUUGCACAGUGUAAGAAAAAGAACACUCUUUUUGUGUGGUGGAAAAUGACCGAUAUUACCGGAAUCCUUGUUGUCUCCUCUAGGAUUAGCUGACCGGCAUCGAUCAUUCUCUACGAUUGACUGACCAGGGAUCGAUCCAGUUUCUAGGAUUGUCUAACCGACAUCGAUCAGUCUCCAGAAUCAGCUGACCAGUGGCCGAUCAGUCUUAAUGAUCAACUACUUCAACGUCGAUUAGUCUUCAUAAUCGGCUGACUAAAGGCCAAUCAGUCCCCAUAGUCGGCUCACUAGGUCGCAAUCAGACCCCAUAAUCGGCUGACCAGCGGCCGAUCAGUUUCCAGAACCGUCUAACCGACGUCGAUUAGUCUCGAUAAUCGGCUGACCAGCGGCUGAUUAGUCGCCAUAAUCAUCCAACCAGUGGCCGAUCAGUUUCCAAGAUCGUCUAACCGACAUAGACCAGUUUCUAAGAUCAGCUAAGCCAUCAGUCUCCAUGAUCAACUAGCCGACGUCGACCAAUCCCUAUAAUUGACUGACCAGGAGCCAAUCAGUCUUCAUGAUCAACUGUGCAAAUUUGACUGACCAGAAACCGAUCAGUUUCCAGGAUUGUCUAAUCGACGUAGAUUAGUCUACAUAAUCGGCUAAUCAGGGACCGAUCAGUCCAUAUAAUCGGCUGACCAAAGACCGAUCAAUCUCCAGGAUCGUCUAAUCGACAUCGAUUAAUCUUUAGAAUCAGCUGACCAGGGGCUGAUUAGUCUCCAUGAUCAACUAACCGACGUCGAUUGGUCUUCAUAAUCGGCUGACCAGGGGCCGAUCAGUCUUCAUGAUCAACUGACCAAGCUUUACUGGCCAGGGAGCGAUUAGUCUCCAGGAUGGUGUAAUCGGCGUCGACUAGUCUCUAGAACCCAUCUAGAACCAGUCUCCAUAAUCGACUGACCAGACGCCGAUCAGUCACCAUAGUCAGUUGACCUGAGCCCGAUCUGUCUCCCUGUUAACUGACCAGGGACCGAUCAGCCUCGAGGAUCGUCUAAUCGACAUCGAUAUCUCUAGCAUAAGCUGGCCAGACCAAGGGCGGAUUAAGUCUACAUGAUCAACUAACCGACGCCGAUUGGUCUCCAUAUUCAACUGACCAGGGCCCGGUCUUCAUGAUCAACUGACCAAGUUUGACUAACCAGGGCCCGAUCAGUCUUCAUGAUCAACUGACCAAUGCCCGAUCAAUCUUCAAGACAAAUAACCGACGCGGCGUCGACCAGUCUUCAUAAUCGACUGAAAAGAGCCCGAUUAGCCACUUUAGCUGACCAACGGCCGAUCAGUUUCCAUGAUCGACUUAUUGGCGUCGAUCAUUCUCCAAGAUCGGCUAAGCUGCACCGAUCAUUCUCUAAGAUCGGCUAAGCUGCACCGAUCAAUCUCCAGAAUAGGCUGAUUGGUGUCGAUCAAUCUCGAGGAUCUGACCGGCACCAAACAAUCUUCAUGAUUGGCCGACUGGCAGCCAAACUGUAUCCCAUGAGAAAAAGACGCUUGGAAGACUUUUAUGAAACAAAGUGAUUUCUCAUUUUCCAAGCAAUUUUCCGGAUUUUCUUUUCAAAAUCCUUAAAUAUUCCUUAAAUCACGGAAAGGGAUACAUAUGACGCCAUGUCUCUUUCACAGGUAUAUUAACCUUGAAAAAAUGGUUAGUGUGGGUUAAUGAAGGUCAUAGGGUUGAAAAGGCAGAUACGCUGUAAGAUUAGACGUACUAAUCUCUUGGAGAGACUUAUGUCUUUUGAUUCUUAAAGCGCUGUAGAAAUUUAAUAAAGCUCAAAUAAUUAAACAAAAAUCAAUAAAAAAACAUAUUUUAAGAAAAGAAAGAGUCACUUCUACUAAUAAAAUUUUAUUAUUACAUCUUCCUGAUAUUAAUCUUCUUAAUUCAUCAUUAUUGUUAGUUUCAAAAAAAUUACUAUCUGGUUCUAAAUCAUUAUUCUUUUUUUCCACUACUCAUGUUUUUCAAUAGAAUAUAAUUAUACUUAAAUCUGAUAUUAAAGUCAGUUUAGUAUAUUUUUAUUGUUUUUUUUCUUUCUUUGCAAUAUAUAGAUCAAAAAUUGGGAAGGACAGGGUUUCUUUUGUAACAAUAAAUUGAUAUUAUACUAAAAAGAAAUAUGAUAAAAAUGAAAUGGAAUUAACAUUAAGUUUAGGAAUUCUGAGGGUAUGCAAAAUUGCUUAAUUUAGGAUUUGUUCUUCCUUUCUUUAAAAGUGUGUGUGUGUUGUUUAUAAAUAUUCUCAUCAACAUUUACUACACCAAGCUUCCAUUUUCUCACAAUAUCUCAACACAAAUUGGACAAAAAUAUGUAGACCAUUCAACAAUACAACUAAUGUUUUCAAUAAAUUAUAUUAAAGUGUAACAAGAAAAGAAAAAAAAGGGUUAAGGCAGGUGAAGAUGGUGAUAAACAGACAGAAUAAAUGCAAUUUAGAGAUUUUAGUUUUUAGAAAAUAAUAAUA